UGUCUGGUCCCUCAAAGGCAAGCUCUAUGGCCCAGACUUCUCAUUUGUUAUCCUUUCUCUCAACAGAAAACAAGCCUGGAGUUUUAUAUUGACAUCCACGCCCACUCCACCAUGAUGAAUGGCUUCAUGUACGGCAACAUCUUUGAGGAUGAGGAACGAUUCCAGAGGCAGGCCAUUUUUCCCAAGCUCCUCUGCCAGAAUGCUGAGGACUUCUCCUAUUCCAGCACAUCCUUUAACCGGGACGCUGUGAAAGCAGGAACUGGCCGUCGCUUCCUCGGUGGACUCCUGGACCACACUUCCUAUUGCUACACCCUAGAGGUCUCCUUCUACAGCUACAUCAUCAGUGGCACCACAGCUGCUGUGCCCUACACUGAAGAAGCCUGUAUCCUUGGCUGUCCCCACCCAGCCUUGGGCCAGCCCUCAUCCAGCCCAGGGUAUCCAAGUCUGACAGGUCAGGAAUUAGGCCCCCAGCUCAGGUAAGGGCUGAGACUCUCAGAUGAGGAUGGAGGUGCUAGUUCUGCUGGUGGCAUCUUUGGAUUGUCCAGUUUGCCUCAGCCUUUAGUAUGACACUCCCACCCCAAUUGCCAUGCUCCAAAUCUUUCCCAGGCCACCUGAACCCAUGGCCUGCCCAUAUCUUACUCUGCCUCCAUCUCUCUCCCCUCUCUUCUCUCAUGAUGCAGCUAGUCUUCUGCCAUCUAAGCUAUGCAAGUCCACAGGCUGGAUGACACCCCCAGGGUUGCUGAGGAAGAGCUUGAUGAUCUUGACUCCUUCUAACCGUGAACAUACAAAACCAUAUUUUCUCUUUUCAUCUUUUGUCUAACCUGUCAUCUCCCACUUUCUUUUCCCUCUACUCACUAUUUCCCCUUCUACUUAUUUUUCUCCCCCUUGUUCCCUCUUCUUCUCUAUCCUCCUCCUCCCUCCUCACCUGUUCUGUGCUUCUCUCUCCUU